AUGGCGGCGGGAGUAGCGGCAUGGCUUCCCUUCGCCCGGGCGGCGGCCAUCGGCUGGAUGCCCGUGGCCAACCUGCCCAUGCCCGUGGCGCCCGCCGAGAAGAACAAGCGCCAGGACGAGCUGAUCAUCCUCAACGUCAGCGGGCGGCGCUUCGAGACCUGGAGGAACACGCUGGACCGCUACCCGGACACGCUGCUGGGCAGCUCGGAGAAGGAGUUCUUCUACAACGAGGAGACCAAAGAGUACUUCUUCGACCGCGACCCCGACGUCUUCCGCAGCGUGCUGAACUUCUACCGCACCGGGAAGCUCCACUUCCCUCGCUACGAGUGCAUCUCCUCCUACGACGAGGAGCUGGCGUUCUUCGGCAUCAUCUCGGAGAUCAUCGGCGACUGCUGCUACGAAGAGUACAAGGACAGGAAGAGGGAGAACGCCGAGCGUCUGAUGGACGACCAGGAGGACAACAAGGACGCCAAGCUGCCCAACAUGACCUGCAGGGAGACCAUGUGGCGGGCUUUCGAGAACCCCCACACGUCCACCAUGGCCCUGGUCUUCUACUACGUCACGGGCUUCUUCAUCGCGGUCUCCGUCAUCACCAACGUGGUGGAGACGGUGCCCUGCGGCACGGUGCCCAACCAGAAGGAGGUGCCGUGCGGCGAGCGCUACACCGUGGCCUUCUUCUGCAUGGACACGGCCUGCGUCAUGAUCUUCACCGUGGAGUACCUGAUGCGCCUGUUCGCCGCGCCCAGCCGCUACCGCUUCAUGCGUAGCGUCAUGAGCAUCAUCGACGUGGUGGCCAUCCUGCCGUACUACAUCGGCCUGGUGAUGACCGACAACGAGGACGUGAGCGGCGCGUUCGUGACGCUCCGGGUUUUCCGCGUGUUCCGCAUCUUCAAGUUCUCCCGCCACUCGCAGGGCCUUCGCAUCCUGGGCUACACGCUGAAGAGCUGCGCCUCGGAGCUGGGCUUCCUGCUCUUCUCGCUCACUAUGGCCAUAAUUAUCUUCGCCACCGUCAUGUUCUACGCCGAGAAGGGCUCCAGCUCCAGCAAAUUCACCAGCAUUCCGGCCUCCUUCUGGUACACCAUCGUUACUAUGACAACGCUCGGAUACGGAGACAUGGUCCCUAAGACGAUCGCGGGGAAGAUCUUCGGCUCCAUCUGCUCUCUGAGCGGCGUUCUGGUGAUCGCCCUGCCCGUCCCCGUCAUCGUGUCCAACUUCAGCCGCAUCUACCACCAGAACCAGAGAGCGGACAAGCGGCGGGCGCAGAAAAAAGCCCGCUUGGCCAGGAUACGAAUAGCCAAGGAGGGAACCUCCAACGCCUUCCUCCACAGCAAACGCAACGGCCUGUUCAACGAAGCUCUGGAGUUCACGAAUUCCACUGAGGAGGAGCAGCGGUUAAGCAAGUCCCCGUCUCUACUAGAGAGCCAGCACCACCACCUGCUGCACUGUCUGGAGAAAACCACCAACCACGAGUUUGUGGACGAGCAGUAUUACCAGCAGAGCUACCUGGAGGCGGGGCUGCAGAAUUACCCGUCCAGAAGCCCCUCCCUCUCCAGCCGAGAUGGCGUGACGGGCACGUGCUGCAGCCGCCGCAGCAAGAAGCACCACACCCCUUUACAGAACGCCAGCGGCCCAGCACACAUGCAGCCUUUGACGCACGCACACGCCCACCAACGGGGCCUGCAGGAGCUCAGCACCAUCCACAUCCAGCCCCUCAGCACCAGCCGCUCCAGUCUGAACAUGCGCGUGGACGAGCCACCGGCGUCCCUGAACUGCCAGAGCAGCCAGAUCACCACGGCGAUCAUCAGCAUCCCCACGCCGCCGGUGACGACUCCCGAGGGCGGCGACGCUCACCUGCCCGCAGGCCCCGCCUCCCGCCAGAACGUUGUGAAGGUGUCCGCGCUGUGAGGGGACCGGAGUGCAACAGAAAAAAGA